UUAUUCUUAUUCCAUAUGGUUGGUAAUUAUUGUUAAAAUAAAUGCUUUGCGAAAUAUUGCAUGUUUUAACUUUUGGUAUUUCAAAAUUAAUGUAAGUGUCAGGGUGAAAUAAUCAAAGCAUUUUGUUUAUUAUAAUGGACAAUCCUCCUAAUAAAAAUUCCGAGUCGAAAAAGAAAAUUAAUUCAAACCUUAGACAUCGAAGUUCACACGAAUUAAAGAAACGUCCUACUUCAAAACCAUACCAAAGGGAAAACGAUAUUUAUAUCACUUCCAAGUCAAACUUUAAAGCACAAUUGAAACAAUGCGAAAAUAUACUUAAUGCUGGUGUCAAAGAUAUCUACUUGCAUUGUCUGGGAAAUGCUAUAAGCCGUGGUAUUAAUUUAGCCUUAACUUUGGUCAAUAACUCGAACGGAGUCCUUGUAUAUGAAGCCAACACAUCAACAAUAGAAUUAAUAGACGAGCUCCAUCCACUCUCGGAUCAAGACGACUUAACUUUGCAGCGAAGAAUGAACUCUGCUCUUCAUAUUAAAGUUUCCCGAAGCUCUGAUUUCGAAGUCGAUAUUUAAAAUUAUUCACUUUUUUUAAAUUAGUUAUGUAAAUUGUUCAGCUACAUUUUCAUAGAAAAUUAUGUUUAAGCUAUCGGAACUAGUUCGUUGGUUAGGACUGACGGAAUUCGAGAUAUUCAUUAACUUA